GGGACCCUUGCAUCUGGGACAACUGUUCUGGCACUGUGGCACAUGGCGCUCACCGCUGUUAUCUUCUGAUACAUCUGUAGCUACAUGUGCCACCGACGUGAUUUUGGCAGGGUGAUUUUCGUAUCUCCAGAGUCUCACCUGUCAAAAUGUCUGAAGACAGCGAGUGGGUCGUGGAGAGCAUCGCCGGCUAUUUGGGGAGUCCCGAAUGGGUCAUUCCAGUAACCGACUUUAUGGAAAACAAAUGUACAGUUUUUGACGAUGAAGAUGAGAAUAAACUGACGUACACGGAAAUUCACCAGCAGUAUAAGGUCUUGGUUGAGAAGCUUCUGGAAAACUACAUGGAGGAAGUGGGGAUCAGCGAGCAGCAGUUUACAGACGCGUGCUCCUCUCCUUUCGCCCAGUCCAAAGCGCUGCAGGCCGUGUUCCAGCCGGUUCUGGCUACGGAUGACUUCCAGGUGUUCCGCUCGCUGAUGGUGCAGAAGAACGUGGAGCUGCAGCUGCAGGCUCUGCGCGUGAUUAAGGAGAGGAAUGGCGUGCUGCCAGACUGUCUGACCAAUGGGAUGGACAUGAUGAGCGAACUGGAGCAGCAGGAGAUGAGGAUCCUGCAGGAGGUGCUGAGGAGGUCAAAGGAGGAGUAUGACCAGGAGAUGGCCAGGAGGACACAGUCUGAGGAGGUCCUGGAGCCUGCCUCCACCAGCAGCUCGGACCGGCCCAUGCAGAACAGUGCCGAGUCACUGGGCCCAGUCCCGGCCCAGCCCACAAACACUCCCAAGAAGGGGGAGGUGAAGAGUAACAGGCAGCCAGAUUUGGUGGCCAGCAGCCAGACUCAAAUGCCUGUGCUCACCAACGGCGCCAGCACAAAGGUGAGCAGUGCAGCAGGGAAGAGAGAUAAGGAGGAGACUGGCUCCAGAUCAGAGGAGUGUGUGCAGAAGAGUGCAGCAAUCAGUCCUACAGCAUCUGUCAAGUUUCCUCCAGGCCAGGACGGUGUGGAUGCAAAGGUGUCCCCAGCAGUGAGGCCCCCCUUAAAGGAGCCCGGCUCUUCGUCAUCGGUCAGGAGGAGCAGGGGCCAGGCGGGAGAGGCCUGGCUGGAAGAGGCGAGCAAAGAGGCCGGAAUCUCGAAACCCUUCACCGAGCUGUCAGAGGCACAGCAGGAGCAGCUCCAGCAGAGGGCGCUGUAUCUGAGGCAGCAGAGGGAUAAACUGCAGGCCCUGAAGAAGGAGCAGCAGCGGCCCACACCUGCACAAUGCAAGCAGGAGGGGGACCCCGCCAACAGGAGCGUCACCGCUAACGGUCUGGCGACAGAUCGGAUCACCGCCUCGCAAACGGGAAGUGCGCCCCUAGUGGCACAGAAUAAAAAGGAUGUCACCGCAGAAGAGAAGAAGCGUUUGCAGAAAAGGAAACACCUGGCAGAAAAGCUCAAAGAGGAAGUCAUUAAAAAGUAAAGCCAAGAAGCUCCAUCUUUUUCCGACCUUCUGAAAGAGGACUGUACCUUGACCAUGCACGGACUGCUUUGGUGUCAGUGGACAGACAGGUUUUAACGGAACAGAAUAUUGAAGCCUCUUAGUCCGAAAUAGACUAAGAAACAGUGUACAGAUUUAACAAUGUUUAGUACGUAUAAUUUUAUAUAUACUCAUUUUUCACUAGGUGUCGUAGUCUAAACCACUGUUGCCUAUUAAAACGCAAGUACAGUAGCAAACUAAAUAUAUUCCAUUCCGAUCCCCUCAAAGUGCAAGCCUAGCAGUGUUGAGACAAAUUGUGCGAAUGUGAAACUCAAGUAUUUGAAUUAACUUUUGGUUUUCCAGUCUUAAAGGAUGUUACCAAUUUAACAUUUACAGAAUGUUGAAAACGUACAUGCCAUAAACUGUUCAGCGCUGGAACUGAAUCCUGAAAUAUUGCACAUUUGCUAGAGCUGAUUUAGAGAUUACAGAGUAAUCUUGGUUUGUGUACAUAGUGCUGUGGGGCAGAUGCAGAACCCAGGCAUGGUUGCUUAUUGUGCAAAGCCAAAUCUAUGACAAUUGGCUAAGUUAAAGCUGUAAAACACUUGGGAAAAUAAUGAAAGAAUUGACCAAAUUAGUUAACAUCCAGAACAUUGUAUAUGUAGCGGUGUUAUGAACACAGAUGUCUGUGUAAAAGCUAGAAGUGGGUCAGCAGUAAAUGAAUGGGCAGUUUCAUACUGACUAUGCAAGUCUUUGUAUCAGUACCUUCACAGAACAGGACCUAUGGGCCUUCCACACCAUAAUCAGAACAGGACCUAUGGGCCUUCCACACCAUAAUCAGAACAGGACCUAUGGGCCUUCCACACCAUAAUCAGAACAGGACCUAUGGGCCUUCCACACCAUAAUCAGAACAGGACCUAUGGGCCUUCCACACCAUAAUCAGAACAGGACCUAUGGGCCAUCCACACCAUAAUCAGAACAGGACCUAUGGGCCAUCCACACCAUAAUCAGAACAGGACCUAUGGGCCUUCCACACCAUAAUCAGAACAGGACCUAUGGGCCAUCCACACCAUAAUCAGAACAGGACCUAUGGGCCUUCCACACCAUAAUGACCAGAGGCCAGCUUUCAUUAUUCAAACUCACUGAAAUUGAUAAGAGAAAAUGGCUCAUUUUCCUCCCACUGAGUUUUUCUGUCCAACCAAAAUACCAAACUCCACAGAAUAAGUAGCAUUGUCAUUCUCAAGAGCAUACAUGUGCAUUUAAAUCUGUGGACUAUGUUUCCAUAAGGAACAGAUUUGGGGACCAAAAAAAAAAAAAAAAAAAAAAGCAACAAAUCUAAAAUUUCCUAAAAUUACCAAAAACAAUAUCCUAGCCAUACAAUAAUAUAUGGCUAGCUAACAGUGAAUGAAUUGCACUACCACAAGGUCAUUUUCCUUUUAAUAUAUUUGAACUAACUGGAAAACGUACGGACUUGUGUGAUCAGAUGACGAUGAUCUUUGUACAAAAUUAGAAAUGUAAUUUGACUUCCAUCAGCUUGGAUAUUUUACAAACAUUUACAGUGUUAUGGCAGCAGUCCUAUACACCACACCUCCAAUGCAGCAGACAGCGAGUUAAAAACAAAAAAUUAAAAUACGAAAACUUCAAUCAUUAAAAUAAGACUAGGUUAGAAUUUUUAAUGCCAGGGUCACAUUUAAUCUGAAAUCUUUUCAAAUAUCAAAUGUAUACAAAUGAUGUAGAAUGGAGAUAGUGGUAGUAAACGCACUUGUACAAAAUUCUAUGGCCAAAAAAAAUAAAAAUAAACUAUUUUCUCUAAA